GUUCUAGGAGAAACAGCUUCCAUGGCACAUCUUAUGCAGGGCACACCUAGAAGCAGUGCUGCAGAAGAGUCCACGGAGCAGGCAGAGUGUGCUCAAUCAAGAAAGAACUUGACAAAUGUCCUCGAACAAAAGAUAAGAUGCUUGGAAAAGCAGAUAAAAGAGCUCCUGGAAGUUAAUCGGCAAUGGGAUCAGCAAUUUAGGACCAUGAAAGAAUCAUAUGAAAGAAAGGUCUCAGAGAUGAAAACGAAACUGGAUGCGGUGCAAAGAUCCCUGAGCAGCCACAAGGAUCGUCCGCAGAUCCUAGGAGAGAGCCACGGACCUGGCCACUUGACCCCGGACCCCUGGCAGCACGACGAGAAGGAAAGUGAAAGACUAAAUGAAGAACUACAUGAGUUAAAAAAAGAGAAUAAGCUUUUGAAAGAAAAGAAUAUUCUUGUGAACAAGAAGAAGGAGCAUUACGAAUGUGAAAUAAAACGUCUUAAUAAGGCGCUUCAGGAUGCCUUGAAAAUUGAGUACUCUUCAUUUUCUGAGGACUCUCUGAGGAAGUCCAAAGGUGACUGCAGCCAUGAGGAAAUGAGAACAGAAAUGGAAGUCCUAAAGCAGCAGGUGCGAAUAUAUGAAGAAGACUUCAGAAAGGAGCGAUCAGACCGAGAAAGACUUAAUCAAGAGAAAGAAGAGCUGCAGCAAAUUAAUCAGACUUGUCAAUCCCAAUUGAACAGGCUGGAUUCUCAGAUCAAAGCUUGUCAGAUGGAGAAAGAAAAACUGGAAAAGCAAUUAAAACAGAUGCAUUUCCCUACCUGUAACUGUGGCCUGGUUUUCCAUCCACGGGACCCAUGGUUAUCAAGCACUCCUGCAGCAGUACAGGAUCAGCUGGAGCAUGCACCAGACUAUCAGUGGCAUGCUUUUGAGCAGUUUCCGCCAGAUGUACAGCACAAGGCAAAUGGUUUGUCCUCAGAAAGGAGAGCCCAUCUGUAGAAGCGUGGAGCCACAGAGGAUGAAAUGGGCUGAGAGCUUGACUGCAGGUGUUUGGUUUUCACUUUGACAGUGGUUUGUUUCUGCACAAUUGCACAUCUCCUCCGUAAUUUCUGCCUGGUCAUGUAACCGUUUGCCAUGGAUGGAGGGAAAGAAUACUGACAACUGAUCCUAAUCAUAUCUGAGGAGCCAGUCUGACCACCAAACGCAACGUCUGAUGUCCUUGAGAUGAGACUGGACAGAUGGAUGUGUGCCACUCCUUUCUGUCUCCAGCAUUUCUAUAUAUACACACGUAUGUGUGCAUUUGUUAUAAUGAUGGAUAUGGCGUACUUGUUAAAUCAUCAUGCGGGAACAGUUGUAUCCUAUGCCUCAAGUCCUGGCUACACCACUUCCAUUUCAGUUUCUUGUUAUUUCAUACCACAGGAGGAAGCAGUUUCAAUUGUCUGGAUCCCUGUCACCCACGUGGGAAACCCAGAUAAAACUCAGGGCUUAUGACUUCAACCUUGCCAAGUCUCAGAUAUUGUUCGCAUUUGGGGCAUAAAUUAAUGAAUGGAAGACCUCUCUUUGUGUGUAUGUUUCUUCCUCUAUCA